CUCUUGAUUCGUUUCUUAAUACUCAUCCUCGAACAAUGUAUUUUACACUUGGAUCUAAUGUAUUUACUUCACCUCAAAACAUUGCUAUCCUUUUAAAAUCUUUUCUUGAAUUGAUUAAUCAAAAUAUUAUUGAUGGUGUAAUAUGGGCUAUCGUAAGAACAAAUGUCACGGAAUUAAUGCCUUUCUCUAAUGUUAACUUUCCUAUAUCGGAUAUUUUAAAUAAUAAUUAUCCUCAUAUUCAUAUUACAAAAUUCGCUCCUCAAUUCGCAAUAUUAUCUCAUGAAAAUACUAAAGUAUAUUUAAGUCAUGGUGGAGCUUCUAGUUGUCAUGAAUCAAUGUAUACUGCUACUCCAAUGUUAAUACUUCCAAUAAUAGGUGAUCAACCUGUAAAUGCUGAAAAGUUAGAGUUGGCUGGUAUGGCGUUAAGACUUUCAAAGUUUGAUUUAACCGUUGAUGAUAUAGUAUUAAAGAUUAAAAGAUUAUUGA